AUGGCGCUGCUCAGGCGCUAUAGCCUCUACACGGUCCUCACCAUCGGUCUUUUUUACUUUCUUUACUGCCUCAGCUUUCCUUACGAGAAUCCCGACCCCCCGGCCGUAGUCGGCAACCACGACAAAAACGACAACCACGAGAACCAAGAACGGACGCAGAAAUACCAGUCCUUCGAUUGGACCAAAGUACCAUUCAAGCACCGCAUCGAGUCCUUUACCCCGCUACCGAGCGGCAAGCCGAAAGCACUGCCCAAGAUACAGUUCAAGUUUGGCGAGGAAGACGCGGCAGCAAAGAAGAUACGCGAGGCAAGGAGAGAGGAUGUCAAGAAGCAGUUUCUCAAGUGCUGGAGGAACUACCGGACUUAUGCAUGGAUGCACGAUGAGAUUCAUCCUAUAAGCGGGCAGGUGUCAAACAGCUAUGGAGGCUGGGCGACUACGCUCAUUGAUGCGCUCGACACGCUCUACAUCAUGGGAUUCGAGGAUGAAUUCUCAACCGCCAUCAAAGACAUUGAGAUGAUUGACUUUGGGUACACGGACCAGGAAAUAAUUAACGUCUUCGAGACCAACAUCCGACAUCUUGGCGGUCUUCUCGCUGCCUAUGAGCUGAGUGGCGAAAAACGAUUGCUGAAUAAGGCAAAGGAAGUUGGCGAGAUGCUGUACCAUGCCUUCGAUACCCCCAACCACAUACCAGCCACCCGAUGGCAGUUCCGCGCCGCAGGCGAGGGCAAGCCCCAGGAGCCAGAGGAGCAUAUGCUUCUUGCGGAGAUUGGUAGCAUGACUCUGGAAUUUACGCGCCUCUCGCAAUUGACCGGAGACCCCAAGUGGUACGAUGCAGUUGAUAGAAUCACCAGGCUUUUGGAGGAACAACAAGACCAGACCAAGCUACCGGGCAUGUGGCCCAUCAUUCUGAACGGUCGGACCGCCAAUUUUACGGAAGAUUACCACUUCGGCCUGGGAAGUAUGGCCGACUCGACGUAUGAAUACCUUGGCAAGGAGUACAUCCUGCUCGGUGGACAAGAGCCCAUCUACCACAAGAUGUACGAGAAAUCGAUGAACGCUGCCAUCGAAAACACUCUAUUUCGCCCUUCCAACCCCCAAAACGUCGACAUGCUCAUGUCAGGUAUCGUCAUGGCCGAUGGUACAAGAAAAGAGCUGGACCCAGUGAUGGAGCAUCUAGCUUGCUACACAGGUGGCAUGUUUGCGCUAGGCGGAAAGGUGUUCGAAAACGAAGAGCACGUCGAUAUUGGCCGCAAACUAGCAGGCGCCUGUGUGUGGGGCUACAAGGCUUCUCCCUCGGGCAUCAUGCCCGAAGUAUCGCGCCUCCUUCCAUGCGCCAACCUGACUACAUGCGAAUGGGAUGAAAAUGCCUGGCAUGAGGGCGUCAUGUCACGCCGGACUGGCGAAGAAAAGGGCCAGGACACCCUCAGGAACAUUGCUAGCUUGCGCCUUCCGGACGGCUUCACCUCGAUCGAUGAUAGGCGGUAUCUUCUCAGGCCCGAAGCCAUUGAGAGCGUCUUCAUCAUGCACCGUCUUACAGGCGAGCAGCAGUGGCAGGCCGCAGCAUGGGACAUGUGGACAGCCAUUAUGCGCGCCACCGACACGGACAUUGGUAACUCGGCCUUGACAGAUGUUUCUGCUGAUUCGCCGCCGAGGGAAGAUCGCAUGGAGAGCUUCUGGUUGGCCGAAACACUAAAGUACUUUUACCUUACCUUCAGUGAGCCGACUACAAUUAGUCUGGAUGACUGGGUCUUCAACACUGAAGCUCAUCCGUUCAAGAUCCAAAAACCGUAGUAAUGUAAGACACACACAUACACACAUAUAUAGAUGGGGCUACCCUUUGCGAAAAGGACGGGAAAAUCGGCUAGCUUACUGUUGAUAUGGCAGCAGUUAUUGCGGAUUGAUUUAU